GUCCUCAUAAGGCGAUCGGCCAUCGUCGUGAGCAGACGUCUCGUGAAUUGAACUAAUAUAUUAAAAGUGCCAAAAUGCCGUGCAGUGAAGACGAUGACUCACAAACCGGGUUCUCGGAGCCCACCCAUGGGAUGUCUAAAGCGGAAUUGCGAAAGACGAACAAACCGAUUAUGGAGAAGAAACGGCGCGCGCGCAUCAACAACUGCCUCAACGAGCUGAAGGAUCUGCUCAUCGAUGGAACUGAUAAAGACCCAGCGCGCCACUCCAAACUAGAGAAGGCAGAUAUCCUGGAACUGACAGUGAAGCACCUUCAGAAGCUGCAGCGUCAGCAACUGGCAGCAGCCAUCGCUGCCGACCCUGCAGUGCUGCACCGAUUCAAAGCCGGCUUCAGUGACUGCGCAGUCGAAGUCAGGAGAUACCUCUCCCGCCUUGCAAGUGUACCCACUGGACUACGUCAUCGCCUCGGAAACCAUCUAACAUCAUGCAUCGGAGGCAUGGACACCCUCCAGCCACGAGACUACGCCCCUCUCGUACCGGACCCGCUAAGGCUUGACGACGAGAGGCCCAGUGCGUUCCACUUCGUCAGAUCAACAAGACCUACUAGCCCGCCUCUCAGUCCUCUAUCCUGUGACUCAGCCUGCGACUCCUCUACAGAACUCGAAACGCCACCACGUCCCGUCCAGACUUUCCCAUUCCCCACACCACCCAGCCGAUCAGCAUCAGACCAGGACUCCAGCCCAGAAACACAGAAACAAACCGUCUCCUCAACGACAAUAUCACCAGAAAACAGACAAGAACCAAUGAGGACCAAGAAAUAUAUGGAGCCGUUAUCAAUAGUGAUUGACGUGGAGAACUAUAAAAUCGGAAUCGACGCGUCACCAAAACGAGCCAUGGAUUACUCCGUCAGACAGAAGUUGAAAAGACCCGUAGUGGACUUGACCGGACCUGCUCCGAAAAUACUAAGAACCGAAGAAAAAGUUGUUACUGAAAAUAUCUAUAGAACACCAGAGAAGUCAGCAUUCACGAGAGUAUCAGAUAGAAUACCAACGCUUCCUCACAAAAGGCUGACAAUCCCUGAAAGUAUACCUUGUGUGGGCGAAAGGCCUUUGGAAGUUAGGCCCCUACUCCUCCCUACCGCUCCUCGGACUGUGAUAAGCCAUACCGCGGCGUCACUCGCCCAGUCUUCUCAGCGGGUAUCUCCUAAAGAACUCAAAGUGGAAGCCGAUACAAGUUCCAAAUCGCCCAAACAGGGAUCGUCAUCCAGUGCUGAGAUGUGGAGACCUUGGUGAAAACUGUAUUGAAAAAGGAUUGUUAAUUGGAAUACGUGAUAUGUAAAAUAAUAUUUGGAAUCAAGUGAUGAAAAGCUUUAACCUAACAGACAUUGUUCAUUGAUACUGUGAAACAUUUUAAUUUUUAAAAUAUUUUUUUUUUUAGUUAAAUGGAUUAAUUUUAUGGCUUUCAAAAAUUGAUCUGGAUAGGUUUGAAAGUUUUCGAUUUUAAAGAAAGUUAUUUGGAUAAUUGUUAUUUUUAUGUUAGAGAGGUUUGUAGACGUAUCUAUAGCCUCGCAUAAGUGCCUAUAUAGCUUUAAGGACGUACCUGUGUGGUAUACUUUUACGUGAUAUUAAAUAUUAUUGAUAUUUU